CAAGAAAAAUAAUUACUUCGACUUUGCCGCGGGGCGAGGAUUCACACGAAUAGGCUUUCGCAAGAUCUCGCUCAAAUCAAACAAAAUUUCACUGCCAUCUCAAUCGCGACUGAUGCCUACAACCACCUCCGCCUCCGCUGCGGCGGCUGGUAAAUCCCCAAUUGCCUCCGACUCUGACGAAUACGAGUACGAGUAUGAGUACGAGGAAAUAGAAGUAGAAGAAGAGGUAGAAGUAGAAGUAGAAGAAGAAGUCUCCGACGAAGAAGUCAAUGAAGAAGAAGACGAGGAAGAAGUAGAAGAAAAGGGAGAAGAUAUAUUGCCACCAAUAAUCGAUGGUGAAGAUCACAAGAAAAGUGCGCAUCAUUCUGUUGUCAAAAUUGACGAAGAAGAAGAAGACGAAGAAGAAGAAGAAGAAGAAGAAGAAGAGGAAGAGGAAGAGGAAGAGGAAGAGGAAGAAGAAGAAGAAGAAGAAGAACCGGAAGAAGAAGAAGACGAAGAACCGGAAGAAGAAGAAGAAGUAGAAGAAAAGCGGGAAGAUAUAUCGCCACCAAUCGACGAAGGAGAUCACGAGAAAGGGAAAACAACAACUGUAGAUGAUGGUGGCAUGCUUUACACUGACAAUGAUAAUAAACCUUCUCAAUCUGAUCAUGGUGGGAUUACAACUUCUUCUGUCAAUACUACCAAUCCUGUUGGUGUAUCAGUAUCAGCUGAAGUAGUGAAACUGAGUGGAGAAUCAGUGAUUCAAGUUCCCAAUGAUGAUGAUGAUAAAUUCCCUCCUUCUGAAAAAGGAUUUAAGGAGUCAAAUGAAGUUAUUCAAUCCCCACUUUCUGAGAAAGAAACUAAAGAGACAAAUGAAGGUAAUUUCCCACCUUCUUCUGAGAAUGAAACUAAGGGGAUAAAUGAUCAAGAUAUGGAUGAUAAACACCAAAAACAACCAGAGUGUGAUGGUGUAUCAGUUAGAUUGGAUGUGCCUCUGAGAAGGCCUAGAAGUUCAUCACCUGUGACAAAAACCAAAGAAGGAAACAAAAGACAGGUUCUUGUAUGCGAGUUUUUUGCCAAAGGUUGGUGUAUUAAGGGAAACUCUUGUAGGUUUCUUCAUAUAAAAGAGUCAAAGGAGGACAAGCCAUGUAAUUCUCAAAACACCCCUUUGAUUUCUGCUCAAAUGACGAAAAUACCCCCGUUAAACCAUAGCUCUGUUUGGACUAGUACUUCAAUGUUGUUUAGUUCCUCUUCCUCACCUUGGAAUAAUCCUGAUUCCUUUCCAACCAUGAAUGAUUACAGAUCUGGUUCUGAAACAAAACAUUUGUAUCAGAAUCAGAAUCAGAAUCAGAAUAAUGUUUUAUCUGGUGAUUCAACAAGAUUUUAUAAAUAUGAUUGGGAGCCAUCAAAACCCUUCAGGUCAAUGUUUCUUCUCUCUCAAGGUCUUUCUCCAUCUACUCUAUAUGAUCCAAUCCGUGAUAGCAUCGAUCAACCAGAUUAUGGAGUUGGGGUUUCUAAAUUUUCUUCCUCAUGUCAAGGCCCUUCAACCUCAACCACACAUUCACCAAAAAACAUCAAUCCACCUGUAAAUGUGACACCACAUGACAUUGAUAUUGAUAAUGCCUCUGAAAGACAUUCGGUUGCUAGUCAUGACAAGGAUACAAGUUCAAAUAAAGUAAAUGUAGAAAAAGGAAAUGAGCAUAUGCAUAUGAGCCAUGUUUAUAAUGGAGAUAUGACGGAAGCAAGUGAAGCAAAUGAUGGGCCCACAAAAAAGGAAAUUAAAGUAACUAGUGAAGCGAAAGGGGAUGAGGUUGUUAUGCAAAGGGAAUCGAAAGCCCUUAGACAUUUUCGUGGUGCUCUUAUAGAAUUUGUUAAGGAAAUUGUGAAGCCAGCAUGGCGUGAGGGUAACCUUAGCAAGGAUGCUCACAAAGUGGUUGUUAAGAAGGUUGUUGACAAGGUCCUUAGCACAUUACCUUCUGAGAAUAUUCCAAGCACCGGAGAUGCUACUGAUUUCUAUCUGUCUUCGUGUCAACAAAAACUUGUGAAACUUGUUGAGGGAUAUAUUAAGAAGUAUGGGAAAUCUUGACGUGCUUAUAUUUUUAGAAACUUUCAUCAAGGGCGGAGGUUUACAUGUAUUAGAAGAGACACGGCCUCAUUAAGUGCUGCAAGUUUCUAUGAUUUUGUGGUAGAGUUGUUUCUCCUCUAUGACGUGAAACCGUUUAUGUGGUCUUAUGCUAAAAGUAUGGAUUUGGACAUGUUUUUUUUACCCUACCAUUAUCAUUCUAAUGAUUGCUAUUAUGUUGUGGUGAAAAUUGGCCGUUGUGAGUGGAAACGACAAUAACGUUGGUAUAAAAGUAACAAAUCAACCCAUGUAGUUUAUUAGUUUUGAAUGUCACAAGCUAAUAUGACUAGAUAAUAAUACUAAAUUUCACAAAGAAUUAAAAGAGUUUUAACACAACUAUAAUAAUAACAAUACUCCGGUCACAUAAGAAUAAGAAUGAGGUAAGGUGUUGGGAGGCGAACCGUUUCCACAUAUCACCUCUAGCAUAAAAAGAAACACGAGCGUGGGUGAUCUUCUGCUAUUGAAAGGUCAACUCACAAUGCUAAGGAAGCAGAUACUAACAACGAAGCAAGAAGCAAGUACUCGCAGAAGAAGUUGAAAGUAAAUGGGGGACAAUAGUAAAGCGGUAAAAACUUAGUAUCGUGCUCGACCGAUGGAAAGAAAUCUAAUGUCUAGCUAAUACUACUCCACUACCUUGAUUUUAAGCCUUCACACCCUUCUAUCUAACGUCUUGUCUCUUCUGCAUGAGCUAACUCAUUCAAGUCUAACCUGACCUAACUUCUCACACUUCCUUGUCAAGCUUCCUCUCUUUGCACCAUCAAUAAUGACCGUCUCCACCUUUCUAACCAUAGUUAUGGGUUGUCUACUACGGACAUUGUUUGAACCACUACAAUUUUCUUCCCUUUGUUUCUCGAUGAUCGACACCAUUCCCAAGAAAAUUUAGUUGUCUUGUUUGGUAUCUUGUCCAACAAAGUUCUACCACAUGUCCACCACUACAUCAUUUUCACGACCUUCAUCUUCUAGUUCUUGAGUUUAAUAGGCCAACAUUCAAAAUCAUACAACAAAGCAAAGAUGGCCUUACAACCACCCUGUGAAAUUUACUGUUAGUCCGAACAAGAACUUGUGACGCACAACUCAUUCGACUACUCUCUCUCCAUUAUAACAAACAUGUCUUUAAAUGACGGGUUAUGUCAUCUUCAGAUCUUAUAAUACCCCUUUUCUAUGAACCGUAGACCCUAGGCACUUGAAAUUUU